AUGCCUGGGAUAGCUAGAGAGUGCCUUUUGUAUCUGUUGACAUUGGAUGAUCUAGGCGGCAGGAUCAUGGACUACAAUUGGGCAAUCCAUGCUUCCAACUACUGGGUUUGCGAUGGGAUUAUAGCAAGAGGAGGCCAGGACAGCAACAAAGCAUGGGAGAUACGACUAGAGGACUACCCUACUACUAAACAGUCGACUGGGUGGGCUGAUAGAUUUGAUGCUCCUCCAAAUCGUUGGAUUUGUAUCAUCAACCCUCAUAUGCACAUGAAGACACAGCCAGGUCAAGGGACAACGUCCCUUUUCAUUGCACCCCAAAGUGGGUCUGCUCAGCCAUUGGCAUCAUUAUUACCUAAUGACAUGUUUCAUCAAGCGGACCAACUCCGUGUACUGAAAUUAUGCUGUUGCUCCUUCAGCUUUUCGUCACCUCUUUUCCGUUGCUGUCACAAUUUAAGGUUCCUUGGACUGGAUAGCUGCAUGGAUUCACCCCAAUCAGGAGAAGGGGAGGAGAAAGAUAGACAGGCAUUGGAGAUUUUUCUGAGGCUAUGGGUACUAGACGUAUGGAAUACAGAUUGGGAAGUGCAUUUUCCCCCAGAAACAGAAGAGCAAAUGGCUGCAAACAUUAGGGAGAUACAUAUAAAGAAGGGAAGGAUUUGGCACAACCAUCUUGCAUGGCGGCGACUGCAGAACCUUCACAAGCUUCGAGUAAUCGAGCCGACCUGCUCUUGGGCGACGGGCGAAAUGGACGAAUUCACAGAUAUGGUGAAGUUGGAGCAUCUUGACCUUUCUGGAAACAGUACCAUACAAGUUUUGCCGAGCCUGUCCAAGGCAACUGGCCUGAAGACUCUGGUCCUAGAUGGUUGUGUCGGGUUGGAGCACGUUUGCCCUGAAGGACUACCUCCAUCACUUGAAACUUUCUGCUUGGAUGCAGGAUCUGGCCCAAAGGUUGCAGCCAGACUUUCCAAGAUCUCUUUGGCAGGUUGUGUACAUUUGAAGGAUUUCUUGUUGCGUGGAGAAUUGCCAGAGCUUGAGGAGUUGAACCUAUCAGGCACAUCAAUAAGAAAAGUUGACCUCAGCGACGAGGUUGUGCAAGUGCAAGGACUCGAGAAAGUCUUUCUGGUGGGUUGCAAGCAGCUGCGUGGAAUACUGUGGUGGGAAAGAAGAAAGGAACAAAAACUGAAGGUGCUAUGCACUGACACCCAUGGAAUGGAAGAAACAGUGACCUAUUCGUCACAGAUCAGCAUCCAACAAGAAAACUACAAUGGCUAUGUGAUUGCAAGCGAUGUAAGGAUCAUUCAGUCCUUGUUUAUCAGCUCGUUUUCAGUUUCAAUGAUAAUUGGGAGCUUAUACCUAUAUCUGUAUAAACCACCUUCACGCAGCAGUUCUAACGGGCAAAGCAUCAGCAGCGAGGCUGCUGUCACCGAAGCUUGUUGCUACAGUGAUGUCUUGCUUCAGCUUCCUGGGGCUGUCAGUUUGGCUUGUGGUGAGAUCAUCUCAUGGCGUGCACCCUCAUAUUCCCAUGUCGAGGUUGGUGAAGGAAUCAGCUUCACCGACAUGGGGAGCGAUAAGGGAAUCGAACGAUAUGCAACGUACCAUGGGACAAGUAAUCCAUUCCCUGCACGUGCAUGA